AACACUCAAAGCCGAAGUGGUGUAGUGGAAGAUUUUUUUGAUUUCUUUAAUUCUGCUUUCUACUUUCUUCUAAUUCUCUCUCUUCUUCUUCCUCUUUGCUUUGAUUCUUCCUUCUUGUUCGUCGUUUUUUCUGAGAAUUCAAAUUCGAGAGAUUAAAACCCUAAAUCAACGAUUAAAAUGCAAGGCGGCGAUGUAGGAGAAGAGGUGAGCGUAGAAGAGCUUGCCUCCAAUCUCUCCACAUACAAAGAUCAGCUUCACCAGGUCAAACAGCUUUUGGCUGAUGAUCCUGGAAACUCAGAAUAUGCUGACAUGGAAAGGGAGCUCAAUGAGGUAAUUGCUCUAACGGAAGAACUGCUUUCAACUGCAAAGCAACAUGAGAAUUCUGGAUCAAAUAUUGAGAAAAGUUCUGGUGCAGCUCCUGAUUUUUCCCAAUACGAUUGGAAUGAGAAGGAUUCAGGGGGGGUCUCUGAUCAUCAAGAGAAGUAUCCUGUUGGCACAAAGGUGCAAGCUGUUUAUAGUGAAGAUGGGGAAUGGUACGAAGCAACAAUUGAAGAUCUUACUCCCAAUGGGUAUUGCGUCUCUUACGAUGGAUGGGGUAAUAAAGAAGAGGUCGAUCCUGACAAUAUAAGGCCAAUCGAAGAAGGCGCUGUGAAUGCAUUGUUGGAAGCUGAGAGGGUGGCCGAAGCUACAAAACAAGCUAUCAAAAGGAAAAUUGCUCAAGCUGGUUCUGCUGACUUCCAAUCACGAAGCUUGCCCGCAAAACUUCGCAUAGAACCAGAUGACCCUGAGGAUGUGAAAAUUACCAAAAAAAAGAAGAUACACGCUUUUAAGUCAAAGAUGAGGUUUGAGCAGCUUGAAGUUACACAGAAUAAGCGCCAAAAUGCUUGGCAGCAAUUCCAGUCGACAAAAGGCAAGACUAAAAAGGUCGGUUUCUUCUCGGGACGCAAGCGGGAGAGCAUCUUCAAGUCUCCCGAUGAUCCUCACGGUAAGGUUGGUGUGACCGGAAGCGGGAAGGGUUUAACAGAGUUCCAAAAGAGAGAGAAACACUUGCACCUUAAGGGGGGAACCGUUGAGACUGAUGAUUAAGGCCCUUUUUAACUUGCAUUAUUAUAUUUCUUUGUUCUGUACCUAUUUGCUUUAAUAUACUGAGCAGAUGGCCGAAAGGGAAUGGAUGUUCCAUGUAUGGAUCUAUUACUCAGGUGCUAAUUUUUACUCUUUUUUUUUUUUUUUAUCUUCA